AUGCCUCGGGAAAAUUAUAAACCAAAACGUUGGGACCUUUCCGAAUUAAUCCAAAUCCUUUCUUAUAUUAAUACACAUUUCGAAUUAUGGUAUGAAAAUCCUCACGUUGCUUGUACUAAAUCAAUGGAAACUACUAAAACUUCUCGAGGUAUUAAAUCGGUUUAUGGUAAAGUUCAUAGAAUGAUUAAAGUUAUGGAUGAUUAUCUUAAAACUGGCAAAAAAUCUUGUGAUAUGGUUAUCUGGGAGGAUAAAAGAAUUUAUGAGAUGUUAGAAAAAAUUUGUACAAGAUUCAAUGAAAGGAAGGGUCAAGAAAGUGAAUCUUCGACAAAGAAAGGAAAAAAGAGAGGUCGUAAGAGAAGAAAUGAACUUACGGGUGGAAUUGAAAAGGAUACCAUCAUAAUUAAUGGUAAUGUAGUUAUGAAUAAAAAAGUGAAAUUAACAACAAGCAUCGAAGAAGCUCCUCAAACCACAAAUGAGGAACCUAGGGAAUCUAGAGAGAUUGCUGCUGGUCAAUUGAACUUGUCUAUUCCUUCUGUACCCUUUUCAGUCGAGAUGAUUGACGAACUCUACAAUAAACAAAUUCAAAAGGCCGAGCACCAUGUUCAAGAAUUGUUAAACUUGUCUAAAAACUCGAUCGAUGUUAGAUAUAAAGAAGUUCGUGAUCUGACCGCGCAAAUAUUUCAACGUCAAUCCGAACUUAAGAAAAUGAUCGAUGAGGUUAAUGACAAGGUAGAGAAGUUGAAAGACUUUAAACUCUUAAAAGUGACCAUGUGA